AUGACAACAUAUAGUUCGACAAUAACGGAUGCCCCAUUGCGCGCCGCCGGCCGACCAAAGGAGAUCCACUGGCGAUUCCUAACCAUCACCAAAGCGAUCAGCGCAGCGCUUCCCAACUUAAAACCUGCGGAUGAGUUGAGUGCCGGAAAGAUAACCAACUUCAUUCCCUGGAUUCGGCGCAACGCCUUGUCGGGACGAAAAUUUCAGUCCCUGAUGGAGAAGGCCGAGCCCUACUGUAUUGGGGGGCUGACUGGAUUCAUUACGGAAAAGACUGAGACGAUACCGGAUAAAGAACUCGCCCACAAAAUAGCGAACCUGGUACCAGGAAAGCGCUUUGUGAUCAAGGAGCAAAUGUUCGGAAACACGAUCAGACCGCGACGGAGGAUUGUGUUCGAGAAGCCGCCGGGCUUCACGAAGAUGGAUGUGCCGUAUGGCAAUUUCAUUCAUAAGGUUCUGGUCAGAGGACUUGUCCGCUCCGUGCCACUUCUGCCAGUCAAAACACACAGUGGGCUACCCCCUAUACCACGUCGUGGAUGGGACUGGCUGGGAAUUGGAGUGCUUAAAGGAUUCUGGCCGAUUUAG